AUGUAUAGUUAUUUUUGUUUACAAAGUUUUGAAUAUAUUCUUUAUAUGUGUGGUGUUCUUAUUGGUAUUGUUUGCAGUGGUGAUCGUAGUAAUAGUGGUGGUGGUGGUGUGGUGUGGUGGUCAGUCGACACUAGUGAAAUGAAAAUAACUUCAAUCAUCUUAUUUGAUUGGACAAUAAUUGGAUGGUGUUCAUUUAAAUCAGAUUAA